UUAUCUUCUGGCUGCCGCAGGAUACUUUCUUGCUUCAAAUUGAAUCCUUUUGAGCAUCUUAACCUGUCCUUUGAUUCAUCGCCUGAUGAUGUGAAGAAACAAUAUCGAAAGCUCUCUCUGAUGGUUCACCCUGAUAAAUGCAAGCAUCCUCAAGCGAAGGAGGCCUUCGGAGCAUUGGCAAAAGCGCAACAAUUGUUACUUGAUCCACAAGAAAGGGAAUACGUUGUUAGUCAAAUCAAUGCUGCAAAAGAAGAGCUCAGGGCGAAGAGGAAGAAACAACUGAAGAAAGACAAUGCUUCUAAAGUGAAGUCACUGGUAGAAGAGGGAAAGUAUGAGCAGCAGUAUGAACAAUCAGCAGAAUUUCAGCAACAGUUGAAGUUGAAAGUGCGGGAGAUCUUAACUGAGCAGGAGUGGCGUAGGAGAAAAAUGGCAAUGAGGAUCUCAGAAGAGGAAGGAAGGCUGAAGAAGGAUGAAGAAGAAACAAAGGAAAUGUGGAAGAGGAAGCGUGAGCAUGAAGAGCAGUGGGAAGGGACAAGAGAACAAAGGGUUUCUAGUUGGAGAGAUUUUAUGAAAGGCGGGAAGAAGGCUAAAAAAGGGGAGACCAAACCGCCAAAGCUCAAAACCGAGGAUCCAAACAAGUCCUACGUUCAGAGGCCAGUGAAGCGGGGUUGAGCUCUUUCCUCAUUGAGGAAACAGUGGAUAUGGAAGGUACAAUUAUAAUAUUACUGACAAAACUAGCAGAUGUCACAAGUUCAAUAUGUCUUCUCGCUGAAGAUCAGCUAGAUUUAUGACCUUGGUCUAGGUAAAACUACUUUAUGAAAAUGUUUAUAUUCUGUGUACAACUGAAUUGGAGCUAAAAUUGAUGGGAGGUGGCAAUAUUUUAUUAAAAUUACUCCUCAAAUGAGUUAAUUGAUGAAGCAAAUGGAAAUUGCAAUAUGUUUGUAACCAUUCAGGACUGGGCCAAAUUUGACAAAUCUAAGUUUUGACA